AUGCGUUUCCUCUGCCUUCAUGGGAAGGGCACCAGUGCGCGGAUCUUCCAAUCACAGACCGCGGCAUUUCGAAAACUUCUCCCAGAGACGUUUGAAUUCGAUUUCAUCGAUGGCCCCUUUCCAGACUCGGCCGCGGCGGGGAUCGACCUCUUCUAUCCGCCGCCGUAUUAUAAGUUGUAUGAGCAUUUCACGCUGGAGUCUAUAAAGAAGGGUCAUCAAUGGCUUCUUGAUUAUGUCAAAGAACACGGCCCCUACGACGGCGUCAUGAACUUCUCCCAGGGCUGUAGUCUAGUCUCCUCACUCCUGCUGUACCAGCAAGCCCAGCAGCCGUCCCAGCCCCCACUGUUCAAAGUCGCCAUCUUCAUUUGUGGCGGUGUACCCCUCGACGUCGUCGAAGAGCUUGGCGUGAACGUCACGCAGGAGGCGCGCGACUGGGACUCGAGCUCGAAAGCGCAGCUAGAAGCGCGUGCCUCCUCGGCCGCGAUCCUCAGAGAAGGCAGGGAGCGGUGGGGCGCCGGUUUCGACUCCCUCGACUCAGUUCCCUCCUCCUCAUCCUCCGAAGCACCCACCACAGCUCCCACCAACAUCUUCGGCAUCGACUUUUCCCUCGUCAAGCCCGAGCUCCGCAUCCGCAUCCCGACGGUUCACGUCUACGGCGCGCGCGACCCGCGGUUCCCAGCCAGCGUGACACUAGCGCACUUUUGCGACUCGAGCAUGCGUCGUACCUUCGACCACGGCGCCGGACACGAGAUCCCGCGCGCGCGCCCCGUCUCCGAGCGCCUUGCAGAGUUGCUCGAGUGG